AUGUUGCCCACGACAACGUUGCAGAGUUUCCCGGCCAAGCCAAGGGUCUUCAUCAUUUCAGACAUCUCGAACGAGCCCGACGACGCAGAGUCUCUGGUCCGCUACUUGCUCUACUCGAACCAGUUCCAGACCGAGGGUCUCGUCGCAUGCACGUCGACAUGGCUGCGGAACAAGACGUGUCCCCAGGACAUGAUCAAGAUCAUCGACGCCUACGCGGGGGCUGUUGAUAACCUGCAGAAACAUACACAUCCCGACUUCCCUUACCCAUCCGCCGACUAUUUGAGGAGUAUCGUCAAGUCUGGUCCGCCAGUGUAUGGGUUCGCAGUAGUCGGUGACGACAUCCCGCUGAGCGAAGGAGGAGAUCUGCUGCUCGAGAGGAUCACCGCGCCCGAUGACCAGCCGCUGUGGGUGCUGUGCUGGGGUGGCGUCAACGUCCUGGCCCAAGUGCUGUUGAAGAUCCGGAACCAGUACCCUGCCGAUCAGGCCGGCGCCCUGCGCGCCAAGCUCCGUGUCUACACCAUCUCUGACCAAGAUGACACCGCGGCCUGGAUCCGCACCCAGUUCCCCGACGUUUUCUACAUAUCGUCGGUCCAUGGCUGGAAUCAAUACGGCAUGGCCGCUUGGACUGGCAUCUCGGGCGACAAGUACUACCACUUCGACCAGGGUGGGCCAGACUUCAGCAAGAUGACCAAGGAGUGGAUCAAAGACAACAUUCAGAUCGGACCCCUGGGCUCCGCCUACCCGGACUACAUGUUCAUUCCCGAGGGCGACACGCCGACGUUCCUCUACCUGAUCCAGAACGGCCUCGGCGUACCCGAAGACCCCAGCGCCGGGUCGUGGGGAGGCCGCUACCAGCUCACCGACGUAAGCACGGCCGGCCAGCAGGCGCGGCACUUCUCCGACGCCAAGGACGUCGUGGUCGGGCAGGACGGCCGCACCUACCACUCCAACCACGCCACCAUCUGGCGGUGGCGAGACGCCUUCCAAAACGACUUCGCCGCCCGCAUCCGAUGGUCGACGGCCGGGAGCUUCGGCGAGGGCAAUCACCACCCCGUCGUGAACGUCAACGGCAGCGCGGGCCCGGCGCCCAUCCGCGUCGAGGCCGAGGCGGGCAGCGUCCUGAGGUUCGACGCGCGGGAGACAUACGACCCGGACGGGCGGGACGGCGGGCUGAAGUUCCGGUGGUGGCACUACCGGGACCCGAGCGCGACGCAGUGGACGGUGCACUUUGAGGUCGACGAGAUGCAGAUCAGAUUGCUAGAUGGCGGCGGACGGCAGGUCGAGGUGCAGCUGCCGGGGCCGGAAAAGUGCUGUGCCGAGCUGAUCAGCAGGAAGCCGGUGCCCAGGGGCCAGGUGUUGCAUCUCAUCCUCGAGGUCACAGAUGAUGGGACUCCAUCUCUGACCAGCUACAAGCGCAUCAUGAUCCAGACGACAAACAAAGAUCUGAGGGGAGGCGGCGGAGGUGGUGCUGACAAUAUCGCAGAUGCGAUGAAGGAGCAGGCGUAG